AUGAUGGCAAGAGGGAAAAAUGGUUGUAGUGGGAAAGGACAUGGAAAAUGGUUUGUGAGGGAGGUGGGGGACCUACUUGAUGGUGUUCACACGGCACAUGGACAUUCCGUGGGUGCCGUAGACAUUCGAGUGCAUUUUAUAACCACCCCUGCUCCGGCAUGUGGAGUGGUGUCGAGACGUCUGCUACAAGCAAUUGCUGGAGCUGAAGACCCUUACAGAUUCUUUAAUUGGAAUGUUUCUUAUGGUGACAUUUAUCCUCUCGGAGUUCGCCAACAGGGUAUUUUGAUCAAUGGGCAAUUUCCUGGACCUGAUAUUUACUCUGUUACAAAUGAUAAUCUCAUUAUCAAUGUGUUCAACAGCUUAGAUGAGCCAUUUCUCAUUUCCUGGAAUGGAAUCCAAAACAGGAGGAAUUCAUUUGAGGAUGGAGUAUAUGGAACUACGUGUCCAAUUCCUCCAGGGAAAAAUUUCACAUAUAUUCUACAGGUGAAGGAUCAGAUCGGAAGCUUUUACUAUUUCCCAUCGCUCGCAUUCCACAAGGCCGCUGGUGGUUUUGGAGGCAUCAGAAUCCUCAGCAGACCCAGAAUUCCGGUUCCCUUCUCAGAUCCUGCCGGCGAUCACACUAUCUUGAUCGGAGAUUGGUACAAGAAAAAUCACACGGACUUGAAGGCAAUUCUCAACAGGGGCAGGAAGCUACCUUUCCCAGAUGGAAUUCUUAUUAACGGACGUGGUCCCAAUGGCGUCUCUUUCACCGUUGAACAAGGAAAGACAUACCGGCUUAGGAUAUCAAAUGUUGGAUUACAAAAUUCACUCAACUUCCGAAUUGAAGGACACAAGAUGACAUUGGUUGAAGUUGAAGGAACGCAUACUCUCCAAACUACCUACUCGUCCCUUGAUGUUCACGUUGGUCAAUCUUAUUCUGUGCUUAUAACGGCAGAUCAGGCUCCUAAGGACUACUAUAUUGUUGUCUCCUCCCGUUUCACCAGUACAAUACUCACCACGACUGGUGUUCUUCAUUAUGCGAAUUCAAAUACUCAGGUCUCUGGCUCACCACCCGGUGGACCAACAAUUCAAGUUGAUUGGUCGCUAAACCAGGCUCGUUCGAUUAGGACUAAUCUUACCGCAAGUGGACCGAGACCAAAUCCUCAAGGUUCAUACCACUAUGGCAUGAUAAACACUACAAAAACUAUUAGGCUUUCGGGUUCUGCAGGUCAAGUCAACGGUAAACAGAGAUAUGCGAUCAACAGUGUAUCCUUUGUGCCAGCUGACACUCCCCUGAAGAUUGCCGACUACUUCAAAAUUGAUGGAGUUUUUCGUGUUGGGAGUAUUUCUGAUGCUCCCACUGGUGGAGGAAUAUACCUUGACACGUCCGUACUGGGAGUUGAUUACAGGGCAUUUAUUGAAAUUGUUUUCGAAAACAACGAGGACAUUAUUCAGAGCUAUCACCUCAAUGGCUACUCCUUCUUUGUAGUCGGAAUGGACGGAGGGCAAUGGACUACCGCUAGUAGGAACGGGUACAAUCUUCGUGAUGCAGUGUCUCGUUGCACUACUCAGGUGUAUCCCAAGUCGUGGACUGCCAUUUAUGUCGCGCUUGACAAUGUGGGAAUGUGGAACCUAAGAUCGGAGUUUUGGGCUCGACAAUACCUCGGACAACAGCUCUAUAUGAGGGUGUAUACUGCCUCAACUUCAUUGAGGGAUGAGUACCCCAUCCCAAAGAAUGCACUUCUCUGUGGCCGGGCAAGUGGCCGACGCACACGCCCCCUUUAA